AUGGACGGCGUGGAUAAACGGAUACAUUACGAGACUCCCCACAUACCUGUCCAUACGUGGCUGGCGACGGCAGGGGUUGACGCAUUCCGCGUCCGUGUGCACCACAAGCGCACUAGCCUUUUGCUUGGUGAGCAAGUUACCAUCCAGAACGCCCCAGAUGCUGCCGCAGAUGGUUCAGUUCCUGUACAAGAACUAGAAGAAUGUGAUCAUUCAAUGUUUUCCAGAGAUGAUUUGGGCUAUGUUUGCCGUAUAUGUGGAGUUAUCCAGAAAAGCAUAGAGACGAUAUUUGACUACCAGUGGAUUAAGGGUUCAAAGAGUACAAGGACAUACAUGUCCAACUCUCGAAGUACCAGGGAUGCUGAUGGAGCUGCAUCAAAUCUGUUUUCUGGACAUUCUGAUCACGAUCUUACAGUGACAGAAAUCACUGUUCAUCCCAGGCGUAUGAAGCAAAUGAAGCCCCAUCAGUUAGAGGGUUUUAAUUUCUUGUUAAGGAACUUAAUAACAGAUAAGCCUGGUGGUUGCAUUUUGGCACAUGCCCCAGGAUCCGGAAAGACAUUCAUGAUAAUCAGUUUUAUUCAGAACCUUUUGGGUAAGUAUCCCCACGCUCGACCGCUGAUUGUACCCCCUAAGGGAAUUCUUCCCACUUGGAAGGAGUUCCAGAGAUGGCAAGUCGAGAACAUCCCUUUACUUGACUUCUACUCUUCAAAGGCUGAUAACAGGUCCCAGCAGCUAGUUGUAUUAAAUAAUUGGGUUGAAUAAAAGAGCAUCCUUUUUCUAGGUUACAAGCAGUUCUCGAACAUCAUCUGCGACUGCAAAAGCAGCAAGACAGAAGCGGCUUGUCGGGAAAUGUUGCUGAAGGUCCCUAGCCUUCUUAUUCUAGAUGAAGGUCACACACCUAGGAACGAUAACACAGAUGUACAACAUUCCCUUUCUAAGGUGCAAACACCUCGCAAGGUAGUGUUAUCCGGGACGCUAUUCCAAAAUCAUGUCCAGGAAGUAUUCAACAUCCUGAACCUCGUGCGGCCGAAGUUUUUGAAGUUGGAAGAUUCUCGGGCUGUCGUGAGGCGUGUGCUGAGCAGAGUGCAUAUAUCAGGCGGGAGCAGGAGGCAGUGUAGAACUGGUGUGGAUACGACCUUUUUUGAUCUGGUCGAAGAGACGCUCCAGAACGAUGAUGAUUUCAAAACAAGGAUUUCAGUAAUUCAGGACCUCCGGGAAAUGACGAAAAAUGUGCUUCAUUAUUACAAAGGAGACUUCUUGGAGGAACUGCCUGGACUGGUCGACUUCACUGUGCUUCUAAAUCUCUCGACCAAGCAGAAAAAUUCCAUUGAAAGAUUGACAAAGUUGGAUAAGUUCAAGAGGAGAGCUGUGACGAGCGCUUUCUAUAUUCACCCACACUCGAAGGAAAUUUCGGAGAAUGUGGAGGGAGGCGAGAAGGGGGUCGUCCUCAGUGAUGAGAAGAUAGAUAAGGUGGUAGAGAAAGUGGAAGUGAAGGAUGGAGUGAAGACGAAAUUCUUUCUCAAUAUUUUGGGCCUGUAUGUAUCUUCUGGAGAGAAGCUUUUGGUGUUCAGUCAGUAUCUUCUCCCGCUGAAGUUUUUGGAGAGAUUGCUUGUCAGAGUAAAGGGCUGGAGUCCUGGGAAGGAAAUCUUUAUGAUCUCUGGUGACUCGAUGACCGAGCACCGGGAGUGGUCAAUGGAGCAAUUUAACAACUCGCCUGAUGCUAAGGUUCUCUUUGGCUCCAUCAAGGCCUGCGGAGAAGGCAUAUCCCUGGUGGGUGCGUCUCGGGUGCUGAUUUUGGAUGUACAUUUGAACCCAUCAGUUACCCGCCAAGCAAUUGGACGUGCGUUUCGGCCAGGCCAACUGAAGAAAGUUUACACGUACAGGUUGGUUGCUGCCGACUCCCAAGAAGAGGAAGACCAACGUACUUGUUCUAGGAAGGAGUUGAUUUCGAAGAUGUGGUUUGAAUGGAGUGAACUUUGCAACAGCAGUGACUUUGAUAUGGAAGAGAUUGAUGUGAAAAGCUGUGAAGACUCGUUCUUUGAAAGCUCAUUUUUAGGAGAAGAUGUGAAGCUUCUUUACAGAAAGUGAAUCCACUCAUGGGCUGAUGCAGCAGAACAUUAGCUGAUAACCGCAUAUCCUUCAACAAUCCUACACACAGCUGGCUAAUUCUCAGGACUAGCAAGGCCAUAUUUGCAGAUGAGAGCUGAAGCUGCUGUUUUUUGCUUGUUUUGCAAUGACUGGGUGGUUGUUCCCAGUUUAUGUAGAUGCGGCAACUGAACACCGUAAGCAUGUUGUGCCUGUACAGCUGUCUUUAAAUUUGCUGGUCUUUUCUCAUACAUUAAUGUGUUGAUGCAUUUUGUCCUUGCCACUUUUUCUUCCAUGGUAGGUGGUGCAAAAGCUGUAUAGUGUACAUAGCUUAGUGUGGAACUUGGCCUAUCCAGUAAUUUGUUUUGAGCGCUUACCUUGGAGUCCUUUAAGAGCUGCUCGCUGUAAAGCAGUACACCUGUUAUCUAUUAGUUUCCUGUUGAAAAACUCUUGCUUUGAUUUUUGACACAUUUUCCAGAUAAGAGAACAAGUCAUCAAUCA